UGGCGUUAUGCCAGAAGGAGUGGACGUCAGCGUCUCGACGGACGUUGACUGGAAGGAAGAUGAGAACUCGGGCUCGGUCACGGCCGGAGGCGUGGGCGUCGGCGUGCCAUCCUGGCUGGGAUCGAGCGUCGGGUCGGGGAGAGACACGCUGGGCAAUAGGUCGUCGGGCGUGGUGAGGCCAGCAGUGACGGCUGCCGGGAGGGUGUCUAUGGGCGACGGUGCGACGGGAUCCGAGCGAAGGGUCGAAAGGCUAACGAGUGCGCCUGUAGCAUCGACGUAUUGGACGACAGAAACAGUUUGGACGACAACGACCUGGCGCGGCUGCAGUUUCGCAUCGGAGGGGGAACGAGCGUGGUGGUUCGGUUGUGGUUGUUGGGGGUUCUCGAGCGAUUGAGAGAACUCCCGGUGCAGGUGUCGGUGCUGGUUGUGAUGGUUGAGGAGGAUGGGAGAGUGGUUGCUGUGAGCGUGAUCGUGGCGGGUGCGGCGGGCCUGAAAGAGUGAAGACCCGGGGCCACCAGCGGCUUGGUUGUGGUUAGUCAUGGCGCUUGCGUAGGCAGCGCAACUUGGAAAAAAGUGGGAAAAAACGAGUGACGGCAGCUAUUCGUUGCCCAAAAAGGAGUGUUGGGCGUGUCUCGGUGAUCGGUAGUCGGUACGGGACCCGUAUUGGUGUUCGCCUGGCAGGGCCCUAGCAGGAGGAAUCCCGUAUUCGAUGGGUUGGCGGUGCUGCGUUGGAUUGCCGCAGCUCGUAAUGGAUGUGGUGCUGCGUGAUUCGGUGCAGUUGACUUGUCAUAGUCAUGGUCGCUAUCAUUCCAUCGUGAGUUUGUGUCGACACCUUUUCUUAGGAUCGUUGUCCUCUCCUGGCAGUCUCCUCCAUGGGGGGCUUCCGCGCUGCUUUGUGUUGGGUCCUGUGUUUGGGGCGGGAUCUGGUGCUCCUGGGACUGUACUGGACUGCAAAGAGGGGGGGGAAAAAAGAAGAAAAAAAGAAAAAGAGAGAGAUCGGAAAGGGCAAGAAACACCAAGCAAGGGCGCCGACGUGGAUAUAGGAUCCUCCCGUCAGUAAUUAAAAUUGCUGCUGGCCGUUGAAGAAACAGCCCAGGCCUGGUGGUGGGCAUCAAGCCUGAGCCUGUUCUGCAAUCUCGCUUCCCACAGAGGGUUGGCUCUUCUUCAGCACCCCCGACGCCCAUUGGCCAAUCACAGAUGGCUCUGCCCUGCGGGAUUGCGCGUGUCCACCCCCCCAUUGGCCCACUCUUUCGAUAUGCAUUCUUGGGGCCAGAAUUGCCCUCUGCCUAUCGACACCAGAAGAACACGAGCUUCAUUUGGGAAACGGCCAAGUCAAGACGUUACACCAAACGGGAACAGGGCCUGCCAUGUCUCUCGUGUCGGCGGUGACCAUAUGGGGACGAGAACUGUCUCCGAUACUCUGUAUCAUAAACAGAUAUCGGCGCUUCCACGACUCCAUAGUUGACACUCGUUGGCUCCAUCGAUCGUUUCAAAAUAAACCUCCGUUCCCUACCCUUCCCUGCCCUCCCCUUCGAUAUUGGGUAGGCACGGUAGGGUAGGGCAACCCGAGCCGACUCGGAGGAAUCACGGGUACCGGAAGAUACGCAGCGUAGCGCAACAUCGGACGAAGAAGAGGGGGUUUUGGGUAACCUGCGUUAGCUCCAACUGCUCUGCUUUCAACUUCACCUCUUGGGCACUCACACUGCACUGCACUGCACUCCACCUGCCACCCAACCACCACCACAUACAUCUUUUGAAGCUCCAGUCAGGAACACAGCCUCAUUUUGGCAUGUUUGUAGAGCCACGUUUUUGCUGUCGUUGAACAGAGACAUCUUGUUCUGUCUUACCCGAGAUUUUGUUUAGUUUAUCAGAUCUUAACAUAUCGUCAAAUACAACUAGUCUAGCGUUUCUGACGUCAUGCCAUCAACCACAAGCUCGAACCUAUCACCACCACCGUCUGUGCACUCAACCCUCCAGCUGCCAGGUGCGUCUGAUCCCUACAGGUUGCCAACAUGGUCAUCUGGUCCGGGUCUGGUCCGCGAUCCCCGCAUGUCUUCGACACAGUCAUUGGUGUCCUCGACGGCGGGGUUGAGUAUGGAGGAGCAUGGCCAACCGAGGAGGCGCAAGUUGCUGGUCAUCUACAUCCACGGCUUCAUGGGCAAUGAUUCGUCAUUCCGCUCGUUUCCCGCACACGUGCAUGCUUUUCUCAAGGAGGCACUGGCCGAGACUCAUAUCAUUCACACCAAGAUCUACCCCCGGUACAAGACAUACAAGUCUAUCGAGGUGGCCUGCGAGAACUUCAGCAAGUGGCUGAUGCCUCAUGAAUCGCCCACCACCGACGUGGUAUUGGUAGGGCAUUCCAUGGGAGGGCUUUUGGCUGCCGAUAUUGUCUUGUUGCCAAGACAUGACGCACCACCAAGCGGAGGACCUCCUUUCCGUCACCGGAUCCUAGGGAGCAUUUCUCUCGACGCUCCCUUACUUGGCCUUCACCCUGGUAUCGUUGUAUCCGGCAUCGCCAGUCUCUUCAGGCCCUCACCUCCACCCCCUACAGCACUAGUUAGGACAUCUUCAGACUCAGUGAUACCCAGGGAUAUUGCACCAUCACCAUCAGGUCGUCUAUCUCCCGAUGCCUCAAUCUACGAGCAAAUACGGCCUCCCUCAGGGGCACCUUCCCCUACACUCGGACAGUAUCCCUUCCCAUCUCCACCUGCAGCCCCAGAACCGGACCCAACCUACAACCCAACCUUCUUCAACGACGUCGCCUUCAUCGAUCGCGGCUGGAUCAAGAACAUAGCCCACUUUGCCCAAAAACACAAGCAAGAGAACCUCUUUGAAGCAGCAGCCAGCCACAUCGUCUCUCAUCUUGAAUUCGGCGGCUGCCUCGCCGAUUGGAACGGCCUAAAGACCAGGUACAAAAGACUCCGUCAACUAGAAGACAUUGACGACAUAGCCCACCCCGAACUCGGCCCCAGAGUCAGAUUCGUAAACUACUACACCGUCUCCACCGGCAUCCCAAAGAAGCCACGAAAACCCGGCAACGCCGACAAUGGCCUCCUCAAACCGUCAACCUCGUCACCGAUACAAUCAGGGGUGUCCACCCCCAGGAUUUCGAUAGAAGACCACAGCGAUGCAGGCAGAGCUGCAGAGAUUCUUCAGGUCUUGGACCCAACACCAAUCCCUGAAGAAGAACCCCUGGAGGAAGAACCGCAAAAAGAGGAAUCUUCCUCCCCGACACCACCAGAACCAACCCAGCCACCACCACCUCCACCAGAAGAUGACACCCUCCCCCCCAUCCCAGAUGAACCAACCCCACCUACCCCCCCGGAUCUUGAUUCCCUCCCCGACAAAGAAACCCGUAAACAAGCAGAAAAGGCUUACAAGCAGACCAAAAAGAUAUACGAAGAAGCGGUCAAAUCCCGGUCCAGAGCCAUAAAAGCCCGGGAGAAGGCCAUUGCUCAAAAAGCCAAAGAAGAAGAAAAGCUCCGAGCCCAAAAAGCCAAAGAGGCGGAAAAGCAAGCCAAAGCCGAGGCGAAAGCCCGAGAAAAGGAAGAGAGACUACGCCAAAAGGAGCAGGACCGUCAGCAGAGGAAUAAACUCCACAAAACCUCCUCUUUGGAUCAACAGGAAGAAGAUGAUGAAGAAGCGGGUGGGAAGAAACGGCUCGGGAAAUUCUGCCUUUUGCCUAGGGAACGGGACGACAAGUGCUGGGUUCAGGUCUACAUGCGGGAUGUGGACGAGGUGGGGGCUCAUUGUGGACUGUUUUUUGACACGGCGCCGCAUUAUGAGCUGCUGGUGGGGGAUGUGGGGGAGAUGGUGGCUGGUUGGGUGAGGGAGGAUGGGACGAGAAGGGUUGUUUUGGGGGAGGAGGGCGAGGAUUUGGAUUAG